CUGCGUGGCCGACAACUCACUUGGACGUUCGCGCAAAUAUAUGGAGCUGUCUGGGCGCCCAGGCCCAGCUGAGUUUUACUCACCGAAAUGGGGUCGCUCAUCGGACAGCUACAAUCUGACAUGGAAAAUCGAUAGUUAUCCGCCGUUGCAGGAGGUGCGUCUACUCUACAGGCGUGUGUUGAUGAAUGAUACGUUCCAACAGCCAGGCAGAUGGCAUGACUUUAUACUGACACCAGAACACCGUCCCGCAUCAGAGCCACUCACACACAUCAUGUCCUACACCAUUAAGAAUCUGCAUCCUGGCGCAUACUAUGAAGCGAUAGUACAGGCGAAAAAUAGUUACGGCUGGAAUGAGGUCAGCGAUAUCUUUCAAUUUAUCGUCGCCAGCAAUACCAUGGACAUACCGCCGGAGGACGCCGAAGUGGUGGCCAGUUCCAAAUCGCGUAGCAAUUCUGCCGCCACAGGCAGCACGCAAUUGCCACCGCAUGCGCAUAGCCGAACCCUUGUAUGGUGUGCAUUCAUCGCCAUCGGCGCGAGUUGCUUGCUCCAGCGUAGCCAUCAACGGCAAGUCUCUCUCAAUGUGGGAUAAAUGUGAAGUAGACGCAAACGUCGGUCGACUGGCGGUGUGGGCGACUGCGACUGCGACUUGGAAGGCGGCAGCAAAUUAAUUUAACGUAAGAAAUGUAACUCGAUGUUUUUGGUGAUUAUUUAUUUUCAAUUUAAGUGAUAAGAAAAGGGUAAAUUGAAAAGAGAGAAUACAAGAAGAAAUAAUGAAAUCAAUAAAAAUGAGAAUAAAAAUAAAAAAUAUAAAUUAAGAAUGUGAAGCAUUUUAAAGGUUGAGUGCAUAAAUAAAUAAAUUUCAAGUUCCAUUUCAGUAAUUACGUUACAUUAAUGUGAAUCUUAUUUGAGUUAUAUUUGCUUUUGUAUUUAACCAUUUGUAAUUUAUAAAUGGAGAGGAAAAUAGAAAUCAACGUUCGAAGAAAUUACGGCAAAAUGGACCAUUUGCAGCAAAUUGUCGAUUUUCUUAAUAUGGCAGAAGCCAAAGGUAUUUAAAACAAAUUUUCAUGGUUUUAUAUUAAAUGUGCAUAAUAAUACUGGAGUUAAUCCGCGGCUGGUUCUCAUAAGAUUUAUCAGGUUUUUUAUAUUAUUAGUUUUAUUAUACUUUCUAAAUUAUUAUAAAUAUAUUAUACACGUUUCACAUAUUAAGCAACGCCAAACUAACAAAUCGAUCCCAAGCAUACUUCCCGCAAGAAAAAGUGCUACCAAUGGUAUUUUGUGACCAAAACUACAGCUUUAACCAUUUUUAUGUAAAUUAAACGGUACAGACAAGUUUUUCUCCGAAGAAAAAGGGUUCCCUAUCAAUCAUGCAUAGAGUUACCGGUGUCCAAAUUUCAUGUAAAUCAAACAGUUUCAAAAAUUGAUUUGAUUCUCAGCUCCACUUCCCGGACGGGUGUAUACGUCAUACGCAGAACACACUCUCUAAGUUUCAGAUCUCUAGAUUUAAGCUGUGGUCUGAUCUACUCUACUUAUAUAGAUUCAAAAGUUGUAUUGAGUAUCGAGAUUCAAUAUUAUUAUUCAUUUUUAUUUUACGACAACGAACUCAGCGUUUCUUAUUGCCCGCCCUACCGAUCGAGGGGCGCACCUGAAGGGUUAUCGAAAAAUCCAACAGGCCGGUGACCGAAAACCAGUGACCAUCCGGACUGUUCUGAACUCGCGACCGAUCGCGAAGGCUAAAACUUUUACUCUAAUCAGCUACAGAUUUGCUCAUCAGCUACUAUAAAUUAUAUGGAAGUUGUCAUUAUAUAGCUUUCGUUACAUAAAAGAUGGUCAAAAGAAUCAAUGUCGGCGUCAUGAGCAUUAAAAUCGUUGGAAAAAUAUUUAAAAGGGUCGUGAAUUUCAAAAUUUGGUUAGCAUGAACACAAUGAAAGGGGUCUAAGUUGUUUAGAUGAUCUUAAAGGCAUGCUAAAGCUAAACUGAGUGGGAUUGGACUAUUGAUAACACAUCUUAUCAAUUUAGUUAAACAUAGAACUCCAAGCAUCUUUCUACGAAUAUAGCGUGUAGGCAAAUUAAUGAGCCGUAAACGGCUUUUGCAAAAUCUCAGUUUAAGUUUCUUAAACCGAAAAGUAGGAUUUUUUUAAUUUAUUACUAUUCGAAUGAUAGAGCGGACUCCAUACAACUUAACAAUAUUAACAAAGUGAGCCUAGCAAGCGAAAUAAAAAGUAAUUUGGUAACGUACACUUACAACAAAGUAUUCGAAAUAUACUUUUCCUUUCUCUUCUACUAAGUAUUGUUUUUGUUUUAUUUAAAAACAUUUAAUAAUGAUUACAUUAUCUCUCAUAAUUUCAUUAUUUAAUGCUAAAAUAACGCCUUUAAUCUGCGUUGAAUUAAAUAAACUUCACAUUGUAAAUAAUAAAUAUUGAAUAAAGUGAAGGAAAAAUAGUUAGUAGAAACUUGUAAAUAAAUUAAAUUUUAAUGAAAAUAUAUUGCAUAAUGUCUAGAAUACUAAGUUAUGGAGAUUAAAUUUUCACAAACAGAAAUAAACGCACGCGACUUUUUACAGUUAUGAGAACACCACCCAAAUUAGAAAAAUGGAUAACAAAUAAGCAAAUAAAAAAUAAAUAAUAUAAAAGAGUAAAUAAUAAAAAAAGAGAAAACCACCAAGUAAAAGUUUAUUGAUUGAAACUGCAAAAAAAAAAAAAAAAUUGAGGAAAAAAGUAACUUUUUU